AUUGCAAUGGCGGACGGGCGAGCCAGCGAGCUAUAGAGAGAGAGCUAAAGAAGAAGAAGAGUUGAAUUAUCGGGGUUUCAAGAUUUCUCUCUCUAUCUCGUCUCCGUGUUGAAUAAUCACUCGAGUGUUUGGAUGUUCUUGCAAUCGUUCUGCCUUUCCUGAACAUUCUUAAUUUCUCUUUAUCAAACCUUGAUAUUGUCAUCAUAGAAUUUGAAUUUGAACCUUGUGUUUUGGAUUCUCCUUCAUAUACGUCGGAUCUGAUUCAUCUUGACGGUCUAGAAGACAUUGUUGAUUGUACUCCAGGAGGUUCAGGGAGGCAGUCAAAUGGAUGAUUUCGCGACGUUAGCUAGGGAUUUCGGGUUCAGACCUCAUGGAAAAUCGGCUCCCAUGACUGCAUCGGGAAUCAAGAUCGGCGUUGGAACGGACGGAGGAGAUCGAGGCUCGAGUUCAUCCUUUCUCGAUAAAGGUAAUCGGGAUGGAUUUCUGUUCAACGACGUGGCUGGUGGCCCGACGAAAAAUUCAACAGCCAAUUAUACUAAUAGUAAGUCGGCGUCUACGUUGUCUGACUUGGACUACGACUCAAUUUUUAAGAACUCGUCAUCGACGACGGCGGUGGAGAAAGCUAAGAACGAGUCGUCUUCGCCGGUAUAUGAUAAACCAGUUUACGAUGAGGAUAUUUUCAACGGCUUACCUGGUUUGAAGAGCAAAUCGACGUCAUUUUCUGUUAAUUUCGAAAAUGUUUUCGCUAGCAUUUCUUCUCCUCCGAAAUCGCAUCAUCGGAGUGCUGAUUUCGAUGAUCUUCAUGAGAAUUUUGACCGGACUGCAAAAUCAGAUGCUAAGAAUCAGAAGAGUACGGCAGGGCUGGAUGAUCUCUUACCUGGCUUUGGUGGUACUAGCUCAACAAGUAGCAGGCCACUUUCAGAGUCUAAUGAGAUGUUUUCAACUGCUAAUUCUACCAAACCAAUACCAACUGCAGUCGAAGACCCCUUUGAUGUUAUGGGAUCAACUUCAAAAUCUAGAGUCUCAUCCCCAGAUAUGUUUACCAAUCCACUUGACAUGAUGGGCAAGAAAGGUCACUCUGGAAAAACAGAAGUUGAAGAGUCAUCCAAUAGUGGAGGAGUAUUUGACAACUUAGAUUUCCUUAAUGGAUUUGGUAAUUCUGUUCCUACUUUCCAAUCUGAGAUGAAUACAGAACAUAAUUCUUCAGACAGUGAACCAAUUAGGAGUUCUCAAUUCAAUGGCCCUGAGAGCCACUUACAGAAGAAGAUGCCUUAUGACGACUUUCAGGAUCCCAUAUUUGAUGUUCCUCAAGAUUCAUUCGAUUCUCACAAGUUUGAUGUUCAAAAUACUUCCUCUUAUGUUAAUCCUAGUUAUAAUGUAGAUGCAACUUCUACUUCUGAUGAGGCAUGGCUUACAGUGUCUGACUUCCCUAUUGUUACUCAAGUCACCAGAGCUCCACCUCCUUCACGACCCCCUCCUCCAAUACCAUUCAGGUACCCUAAGGAUGUAAGAGUGAAGGAAUAUACAAAGACUUCUUCUAGGACUAAAGAAGCUGUGCAAUUGGAAAAAGAUGAACAGACUAUUCAUGAUGACCAGGGGAGAAAACAUAGAGAAAUGCAGGAAAGUUUAGAAAAUGAACGAAGACAGAAAGAGGAGGAAGAGAAGGAGCUUAGAAGACUAGAUGAAGAGAAUGAGCAGAGAAGGUUAGAGAAAGAGAAUGAGCAGAGAAGGUUAGAGAAAGAAAGGGAGCGAGUAAGGGAGAUUGCAAGGGAGCGGGAGAAGGGCAGACAAGCUGUGGAAAGGGCGACUAGGGAAGCACGCGAAAGAGCAGGUAUUGAGGCACGUGAUAGAGCUUCUGCUGAAGCACGCCAAAAAGCUGAAAGGACUGCAGUUCAAAGAGUACAAGCUGAAGCACGUGAAAGGGCAACAGUAGAAGCACGAGAAAGAGCAGAAAAGGCUGUUGCAGAAGCUAGAGAACGAGCAAAUGCAGAAGCCAGGGAAAAAGCUUCUGUUGCAAGAGCUGAAGCUGAAGCACGCGAAAAAGCUGCAGUUGCAAGAGCUGAAGCUGAAGUACGUGAAAGAGCUGCUGUUGCUAGAGCUGAAGCUGAAGCACGCGAAAGAGCUGCAACUGAAGCACGCGAAAGAGCUGCGACUGAAGCACGCCAAAGAGCUGAAAGAAGUGCAGUUCAAAGAGUACAAGCUGAAGCACGUGAAAGGGCAUCGGUAGAAGCACGGGAAAGAGCAGAAAAGGCUGCUGUAGAAGCUAGGGAACGAGCAAAUGCAGGAGCCAGGGAGAAAGAAACUAGGGAAAAAGCUGCCGUUGCAAGAGCUGAAGCUGAAGCACGACGGAGGGCUGAACGUGCUGCAGUUGAAAGGGUUGCUGCUGAUGCUCGAGAGAGGGCUGCUGCUGAUGCUCGGGAGAGGGCUGCUGCUGCUGCAAAGACGGGACAGCAAAAGAAUGAUAAUGAUCUUGAUGCCUUUUUCAGUGCUGGUCGGGCCAGUAGUGCACCUAGGCCAACAACUAAUUCUCGGGCAAACUCUACUGGAGGAGCUCCUGAAGUAGUAAGAACAUCAUCUGUUAGUGCCUCAACUAACACACGCAAGACAUCUGCAACCACCAAUAUUAUUGAUGACCUCUCCUCAAUUUUUGGAGCUGCUCCAACCACGGGAGGAUUCCAAGAAGUUGAAGGUGAAAGUGAAGAAAGAAGAAGAGCUAGACUAGAACGUCAGCAGAGGACUCAAGAACGAGCAGCUAAAGCGCUUGCUGAGAAAAAUGAGCGUGAUCUUCAAACUCUGCGGGAUCAGGAAGAAAGACAUAGAAUUGCUGGAACACUGGAUUUUGAGAUCAAGCGUUGGGCUGCUGGCAAAGAAGGAAACUUGCGUGCAUUACUAUCAACACUACAAUAUGUGCUUUGGCCUGAAUGUGGUUGGCAACCUGUAUCAUUGACCGAUUUGAUCAUAGGUGCUUCAGUCAAAAAAUAUUAUAGAAAGGCAACUUUGUGCAUUCAUCCUGAUAAGGUGCAACAAAAAGGUGCAACUCUUCAGCAAAAAUAUAUUGCUGAGAAGAUUUUUGAUCUUCUCAAGGAAGCAUGGAACAAGUUCAAUUCAGAAGAGCUUUUUUAAAAUUUCUCUAUGCCGAUUGAUUGAUUGAUGGUCCCAACAACACAAUCUGAAAUUUACCAUCAUGUUGUCGAGGACUGUAUUCUGUCUGAUAGGGUAAGUAAAAAGAUCACUUGGUUUGAUUUGGAGAUUAUUGAUGGAUGGAACCGUAAUGCGCUCCAACUGCUGUAUAUUGAUGAUGUUAUUGCCUUGUUAGAGGAGACUAGAAGUGGCUGUUACAAAUUAUUUUCAUCAAAUUCUGAUUGUGUGAUAUCUUUUUAUAUAAGAUAGGGUUAAUUUCUCAUUUCCUUACUAUUCUUUUUUCUUUUCCAUAUCCUUCCAUUUUUUUUUUUCCUUUUGUAUUUGAAGCGGAUAUAAACCUGUACGAAUUCUAUACCAACAUUAUUGUUUACAGAAGCUGUCACAACAGUGAAAUACAAUGCAUUUCUUUUUUCC